GGAAAUUUAUAGGAUCUCACACCCCCCGACCAUGGCCUGCUAACACGAGCUUUCUUCUUCUUUUUCUCUGAUGACUGCUGUUCUUCUGCAAUUCUGUGUUUUGGAUAUUUAAUGAACAGUUGUUUUGUCCCCCAAACACUCGACACUUCUCUCGCAAUGGCAGCCAGAGGCACCACACCUCAACAAGAGAUUGCCUUCCGCCGAGGUACGCUCCACGGCAAGCAAUUAGAUGCAAAACAACGCGAAGAACUUCUAAAACCCUUCCUCCCUGCCGAACCCACAUCCUCCGACGAAGCAAAAGCCGCCCGACGGCGCCGCGCAUCCCUAAAAUCCAAACCCAAAUCCAAACGACACGGCCCCGUGAAGACCUUCCUCUACUUCGCAAUCUAUCACUUCAUCGCCCUCCUGUUUAGCAUCUUCUUUCGCUUUCGGCGCGCCUAUCGUCUUGUCCGGGGCAAACUCAUCUCGCUCCUCAAAUACCAUCACCGCACACCCGAGUUCAUCGCACACGAUGUCAAGAACCUCGUGAAGCUGCCGAAGCACCUAAGCGUGAUUGUGGAGUAUCAGGAAGAUGAUGGGAGCCAGGGAACUGCAGGCCUGGAGGGGCUGGUGAAUGAUGUGUGCGAAAUUGCAGCUUGGGCGGCGAGCGCGGGGAUCCCGUUAUUGAGUGUUUACGAACGAACGGGUGUUCUCAAAAAUUACCUCCCCCAAACGCAUGCCAGUAUCUGGAACACACUCGAAGCCUACUUUGGCGCGCGACGUAAACCAACCCUCUCCCUCCGUGCACCCCAUCUCAGCUCCUAUUCUCCGCCAAAUACACCCCCGCAAACCGCAGAGCUCAAUGGGGACGACCUCAAGGAGGACCGUCAGCACCUAACGGUUCUCUUGCUCUCGGAACAUGACGGACGAGACACCAUCGUCGACUUGACACGUACGCUGGCUGAGAUGGCACAAAAGGGCGAUGUCCACCAGGAGCAGAUCAACAUGGAGUUAAUCGAUGCUCAAUUAAAUGACCAUGUCUCGAGCGAGCCAGACCUAUUGAUCUUGUUCAGCCCGACGGUACAAUUAAAAGGGUAUCCACCGUGGCAGUUGCGCUUGACUGAGAUCUUCCACCUGCCAGACAAUAAGGGUGUGAACUAUCAAGUCUUUCUCCGUGCUCUUUACAAUUUUGCAAAGGUCGAAAUGCGCCUGGGAAGGUAGACCAUUCCUGCCCUAUUUUGCCUUGUCUUUCCAUACCAAUACCCAGUCUCAUCACAAUCAAUCGAGUCGUCAAGUGAAUGCCACACUCGUCAUCAGCCUUCCUGUGAUUAUCAAGC